CGUGAUGUACCUGUUUCCUGUCAUGAGUCAGCUGACCUGAAGCAAACCAAUUGGAUUGCGGCUCUCAGGAAGACAAACUGAAGUCACGCGGCAACUGUUACAAGUCUACAUGUGUUCAGAGACAAGAUACAUACAUGAAUACCGAGGUGUCGGUUCUGUACUUUGCAAAAAGUGCCGAAUUAACGGGGCUUAAAUCGGAGAAUAUAACUAUUCCGUCAAAUACAACCUCUCUACAACUGUGGCAGGACUUGGAGAAGAGACAUCCAAGACUCUCUGUGUUACGGGAUCAGGUGGUGCUGGCAGUGCGUCAGGAGUACGUGCCUCUUGGUGAACAGCCCUUGACCCUCAGACAGGGGGACGAGGUGGCAAUUAUACCGCCCCUUAGUGGAGGGUAGAGGAAUUAUUGAGGUAUGGCUGAAGAUGGAGGUCAAGAUCUGAUUACGCUAACAACUGACAAGCUUUCUGCUGAUGCUGUUUCUGAAUCUGUAACGUGUGCCUCCUGUGGAGCUAUUUCUCUGUUUAUUGGGACUACCAGAGAUAAUUUUGAGGGCAAGAAUGUGAUACGGCUUGAAUAUGAAGCGUACAUUCCAAUGGCA